GAUAUAUAUUGAUAUAUAUAUUGCAUGUACAUGACGGUGGACUGUUCAGACCCACAGUCCAGUGAUUAUGUUUACGGUUAUUCGCUGGUGAGAACAGCUGAUAGGUUUAUUCAUAAUGGAGGAAAGAACAACUUCCAGGGUCUGCUGGGGACAGUGUAAGCCUCAGCAGGGGAGGAUGGAAUGUGACCAGAUGGACUCGCUGGAGGGGUGGGUAGCUAUUAAGGAGAGUCCAUUUGCAGACCACUUGCUCCCACCUCGUAUGACAUUCCUUGUGGCAUGGAAUGAUGUAGAGAAAAAGGUGGCUAUUUCAUGUCGACUCCGGAGCCGUGUUGCUAGGGAUACAGAAGACUGUAAGAGUCGGUCAGGAUUGUUUACUUUCCAGGAACUGAAAGGAAUCCAUGAACUCUUCUGUUUAGUCCAUCCUUCGUUAAGUUCAUUUCUGCCAGAACUACCUGAAAUUCCUCAAGGGUUGUGGGCCUAUGUGUACUAUCAGGAAACACCUGAAAACAUUGACAAGCUCUGCGUCCAACUUGAAGAGUAUCUUGCAGUUGCCUUGGAGACGUGUAAAGAGAAGCUUUUGAUGUCAACAUUGUUUGAAGAGCAGAAUGCUGAUGAUUAUUUUGAGAACAUUAGUGAGUUCCGUCGUCAAGGUUAUGAGGAAGUUGUGCGAAAUGCUGAAGAAGAGCUUAAGAAUUUACAGUUUGAACGUCAGCACUGUGUGACAAUGACAGAGAUGCAGAUGGUUUAUGAACUUGAAGAUGAGGCCAUAUUCAAACUUAACAUCCAUCUGGCGGAGCUAUACAACUACCAACUACAGCCCUUCCUUGAUCUCCGGGAAGCUGCACUAACCAAGGUCAAGGAGGCUCGGAUGCAGCUGCAGAAUGUCAACAUCGGUGAUCGGGUCAAAAAAGAGUACGCUCAAAUGUUCAGUGAAUGGCAGGGACAUUACGAACAAGCACUGAGCACAAUUCAGGAAAUCUAUGUUAAAUAUUAUGAGAGAACAAGCAACAUAUAUUCAGACAUAGUAUCAUCAAUGAACAGGGAUAAGAAGCAGUUCGGGAAAAGUUCCUUUGAUUUGAUUGGAGCUGAAAGACUUCUAAGGGUUCAGGAGGAUCUCUCGCUGGAGAAACUGCAGCUGCUGCACAACAAGAGGAAGCAGAUGGUUCAGGAGCGAGACAAGGUGAAGGAACAGAUUGCGAGCGUAGAGGAGUCACCACAGGCACUGCAGCAGGUGGAGCGUCUGGAGAGGCGGGUGAUGGAAUGGCAGGAGAAGGUGUUCAACAUCCAAAUGCUGGUCCUGGAGGAAGAGGAGGCCCUCGUCAUGACACAGAUGACUGCACGGACCCGUCAAGUUGCAGCUGCUGAGCAGGAGCAGGUGUUCUAUGAUGCAGUGGAAGAAGCCAGCCUCAUUGACCCGUCCCUGUACGAUCCGGAGGAGGAGAUGGAGGACAACAUCCAUGGAAAGAUUGAUCCUGCUAUACUCCAGCUGAAGUCAAAACGGGCUGACAUACAGAAACGCAGGAUCAACCUACGUAAACGGAAGGCAACAUUAGAGGUGCAGAAGAACAAGAAGGUGAAUCACCAGAAGGAGACAGCAGAAAAGCAAAAACAUCACCAUGGACCACAGAUGAAAAGAGAUCUGAGGAAAGAUGAAGAAGGCAGAAAGAUGGAUUUUAUUCAAGAAGAAAGGCAGAAGACUAUUGAUAGACUCAAAUCCUACAAAGUUAAAUACCCAACACCAGCCACAAUCAAGCCACCUCGAUACCAACCACCAAGCCAGAGAAAAGGAUCGCCAGGUGGUAACGAUACUCUGUCCCUUCAAGUUAAAUCAAGGGGAAGCAACUCCCUCGCUAGUAAUAAAGGUUCUGCCAGACCAUCGCCCAGAGACAGAAAGAAGUUUGUGAGGCCUGCAGUUGCCAAGGACACCACUGACUCAGGUGUCACAAUCUUCGUUAAUGGACAGACUCUAACAGGAUCCAUGUUGGAAAAUGAUACAGCCACUUCUAUGCCACCUCAAAGUAGCAAUCCACCUCCAAGUGGGCCUCCACCACCGCCUCCACCACCACCACCACCACCACCACCUCCUCCUCCUCCUCCACCCCCCCCAAUCCCAACAGGUGCCCCUUCUCACCUCACUGGAGCUGGGUCACAAGGGUCUUCUCCAUUUGGUAACCUGGAAGAAGCACGGAACAGACUGAAGAAGUCAUCUGCUGCAGACGCGAAACCGUCUCUCCAGUUAUCUGGGGGGCCACCGUCAGUGCAGUCUUUGUUGGCAGGCAGGAAUCAGCUGAAGCCGUUGUUGGAGAGACCAGAGAAAACAUCACAGUCAGAUCCACUGGGAGACAUAUUUGGCAUGAUAAAGAAGGGCAUUAAACUUCGUCCAGUACAGCGUGAGGGGAGUGAGGACAUGCCAUCUCUGGUCAGCAGACCUCCAAGUGAAGACCAUCUGCAGAUGCUGAAGAACAGACUGACCAAGAUCAACCAGAUGACCCAUGGCAGUUCCCCAGAGAGAGAAGACAGCGAUGACAACAGCUUUGACGACUAACUGCAAAGUGGUAUCUCUAUGAAUAUUGCUGAAAGAAUAAUCUAUUACAGGAGGGGGUUGGUCAGAGGUUUUUGAUGGACUAAUGUAAUGAAAAUUUUGAGCCUGCUCUUUAAGACAAAAUGCAUAAUCUCUUUAUAUUUUGCUAUAAAAUGGACAUUUUUCAUGAUCCUCCCCAAAAGUGUAUUAUUGUAUUUGACCAUCACUCACUCAUAUGUUCAAAUGAACAUUCUAAAUUCCCUCUGACUCAUCAUCCAGGUAAUAACGACUGCUCCCUAACAUAAGCACUCAAAAGUGCAUGUUGAAGUAUUAGGAAUGUACACGCCUUCAAAUGUAGCAGCAGCGUUUUUAUAAUUAUUACUUAUACUAAUGGACUAAAGACAGCUCAUCUUUUGCCUCCUUUAAACCUUUAAAACAUUACUUGUUUGAAAAAUAAUUACAAAUAUAUGUUGAGUAUUCUUUAAAUAAAUAGUGUAAAUAGUUUCUAUAUUGGUCUGUGGAAUGUCAAAAUGAUGAUUGUAAACGGCCCUCUCCCAAAGAUCACUGUCAUGCAGGAUACAGGGCUGUAACAGCAUCCCUGUGUGUUUGAUGUCCUGUCAUAGUCUAUCAGACUGCAGCCCAUUGAAUGGUUGUCACCAAGCACUGCCUCGUCCAUAAGUCCUUAUUGCUUUCAGUGCAGAGGUAUUUUAACAUUGAAUGCAGUGCAAUUAGAAUUUUCUAUUGAUUGUUAUUGUCAUCAGUACAAAAGGCAUUUUCACCUUCACAUACAUAAAGCAGUAGCUAUGAUAAUAAUUAGAGGAAAGUUCCAUUUUGAGUAUGUUUAUGCAGUAUUUACACCAAUGACCCACUGUCAGCCAGUGUGAAUGCCGACAUGACGUCUCUCAUGAAUUUAACAGAAAAUGAACCAGUGUAUAGAUAUGGCAAAGAAAGAGAUGCUGAACUGUGAGUAAUGGUUAACAGGAUAUGGCUUGUCAUUUGGUAGUCAUAUAGGAUAUUUAAUCAGAUUUAUUUCCCACCAACAGUUUUUUCCCUUUGAAUAACAUUCUCUGCACAUGAAAUGUGAACAUUGCCGUCUUGAAAGUCUUCACCACAUCAGCAAUACGAGAAUAUUGCUAUUUCACCAUAUACAGGAAUCAUUGUGUCACAAAUCUUGUUUUAAAUUGUUUUAAUUGUUAUUGUGAUAGUAAUUUGUAAAUACCCUUAUUGUACAGACUAUAAUUGUACCACAGCCAUGUGUUAGAUGUAAUUUAUCCUAUUUAUUAUGAUUUUGUUGUGCGUGUAAUAAUGGUUUCCCAUGUAAGACUUUUAAAUCGUUUAAUUUUGUUAUUAUUUUAAGCCAUAGUCAGCUUGAUCUUUUUAAGCAUGGUGUGUCAUAUGGGAAAAUAAUAAAUGUAUCAAUGAAAUA